CUUGCUGUUCGAAGCAAGGCCCCCGUGGUAAACUUGAGCUGCCACCGGUCAGCCGCGGGCGCCCCAGCUCCCAGCAGAGCCCGCUCCUACCUCGGCCUGACCGUCGCCCCCCACUCUGGCGCCUGCCUCUGCCCCCUCUCGCCUCCACGUUGCUCCAGCCUGCGCCCUGCUUGGUCUUGCUGCCUCUGCCCCUGGCAAGUGGCAAACCACAGCUGGGGGCCAGCGACAGCGGGGGACGCAUUUUCCUCCAGCAGCCCUUCCCCCAUCCAGGGCACGCUCCUUAGAGGUGCGGAGCCCCGGAGGGGCCAGCCGCCACAGGGAUUUGUCGGUGUGAAUGCGUCUGACAUCAACUAUGCGGCGGGCCGGUACGACCCUUCCGUGAAGACCCCCUUCGAUGUGGGUUUCGAAGGCGUGGGUGAGGUGGUAGCCUUAGGCCUCUCCGCCAGUGCCCACUACGCAGUUGGCCAGGCUGUGGCUUACAUUGCACCUGGCUCUUUCGCUGAGUACACAGUGGUGCCCGCCAGAGCCGCGGCCCCCGUGGCCUCUGUGAAGCCCGAGUACGUCACCCUGCCAGUGAGCGGGACCACCGCGUACAUCAGCCUGAAAGAGCUCGGAGGGCUGUCAGAAGGGAAGAAAGUUUUGGUGACAGCAGCUGCCGGGGGGACAGGCCAGUUCGCCGUGCAGCUUGCCAAGAAGGCCAAGUGCCACGUCAUUGGGACCUGCUCUUCUGAUAAAAAGUCCGCUUUCCUGAAAUCGAUUGGCUGUGAUCGCCCCAUCAACUAUAACUCCAAGCACGUCGGCUCGGUCCUGAAGCAGGAGUACCCCAGCGGCGUGGACCUGGUGUACGAAUCAGUGGGCGGAGCCAUGUUUGACUUGGCAGUCGAUGCCUUGGCCACCAAAGGGCGCUUGGUAGUCAUUGGGUUUGUCUCUGGCUACCAGACGCCUACUGGCCUUGCGCCCGUGCAGGCGGGGGCCUUACCAGCCACGCUGCUGAAGAAAUCCGCGGGCGUCCAGGGCUUCUUUUUGGACCAUUACCUUUCUAAGUAUCAGGUGGCCAUGGACCACUUGCUUAAGAUGUGUGCGGGCGGAGACCUGGUUUGCCAGGUGGACCUCGGAGACCAGUCUGCAGGAGGCAGGUUUGUCGGCCUGGAGUCCGUCUUCCGGGCCGUUGAUCAUAUGUACCUGGGGCAAAACACUGGAAAGAUUGUAGUUGACCUGCCUCCCUCUGUCAACAGUAAGCUGUAAACUCAGAACAAUGACGAAUCAACAUCAACGGAGAAAGAAGAUGGGCACCUUCUUCCUCUGAAAUAUGCAAAUCAGUUUAUUUUUAGUGGGUAACGGGUAUCCUAUUUCUAAAAAGUAAUGUGUUAAUAAGUUUCUCUCUCUCUUUCUCUCUCCCUUGAAAAUCAGUGCUAAUAAAAACUUCCCUCAAUGGCUCAAAGGUAAA